CCCAGGCAGACCCCUCCUAUGUGUUAAUAACCUCUGAUAAGGACUCCAUUGUGACCUAACCGUCCUGGAUCUGGUUGAGAAACAACAUGGCAACAGCUGGGAAGGUCAUUCGAUGCAGAGCUGCAGUGGCAUGGGAGGCUGGGAAACCCCUCAUCAUAGAGGAAGUGGAGGUGGCACCACCCAAAGCUGGGGAGGUGCGCAUCAAGAUUGUGGCCACAGGGAUCUGCCACACUGACUCCUACACAUUGAGUGGUUCAGACCCUGAGGGAGUUUUCCCAGUAGUGCUGGGCCAUGAAGGAGCUGGCAUCGUGGAAAGUGUUGGAGAGGGAGUCACCAAGUUCCGAACAGGAGACACAGUCAUACCCUUGUAUGUCCCGCAGUGCGGAGAGUGCAAGUUCUGCAAGAAUCCAAAAACCAACUUGUGCCAAAAGAUAAGGCUAACCCAGGGCAAAGGCUUGAUGCCAGAUGGGACAACCCGUUUCUCCUGCAAGGGCAAAAACCUUUUCCACUUCAUGGGUUGUAGCACUUUCUCUGAGUACACCGUGGUUGCUGACAUCUCUCUGGCCAAGGUGGACCCAAAGGCUCAUCUAGACAAGGUUUGUCUGCUGGGCUGUGGCAUCACCACCGGCUACGGAGCAGCUCUCAACACUGCCAAGGUGGAGGCAGGGUCGACCUGUGCAGUAUUUGGUCUCGGAGCAUUGGGCCUCGCAGCGAUCAUGGGCUGUAAGGCGGCCGGGGCAACCAGGAUAAUUGGAAUUGAUAUCAACCCUGACAAGUUUAAAACCGCUCAAGAGUUUGGAGCCACAGACAUGGUGAACCCAAAGGACCACAGCAAGCCAAUCCAAGAGGUUCUGGUUGAGAUGACAGAUGGCGGGGUGGACUAUUCCUUUGAGUGCGUGGGCAAUGUGGGGAUCAUGAGGGCGGCUCUGGAGGCCUGUCAUAAGGGAUGGGGGACCAGCGUCAUCAUCGGUGUGGCGGCAGCGGGACAAGAGAUCUCCACCCGUCCCUUCCAGCUAGUGACAGGACGCACAUGGAAAGGCACUGCGUUUGGAGGAUACAAAAGUGUGGAGAGUGUUCCCAAACUGGUGGAGGAGUACAUGAACAAGAAGCUGAAGGUGGAUGAAUUUGUUACACACACUCUACCCUUUGAGAAGGUCAUUGAUGGUUUUGAUCUCAUGCACGCUGGGAAAUGCAUUCGCGUCGUCCUCAAGUUCUAGAGAGCAGAGCCUGGAAGCAUGCAGAAAACCAUGAUGUCACUUUUUAUGCAAGUUCAAUAAAUAAUCUUUCAGUUUGC